GUUGUCCCACUUUGCAUAAACAAAAGCUUCUAUAUACUUCUAUGACGUGUCAAAACAGGACUCAGAGUCCAAACGAGACUUUAAAAAGACCUUCCCGCCGCAUUCUCCGACUCAGACAGCGACAUUUCUCAGCCGCAGACGGCGGCGAGUGCGGUGGUGCUUCAACCAUGUCGGAAUCCAAAGCUCCGCCGCGUCCGCUCUACAAGCACAAUUCGUGGUCCCCGGACACGCAGCGGGAGGAGGUGUGGUCGAGGCGGAAGAGAAUUCACCGCCUGCGACGCGGACGCAGCAUGAGCGUUACGGACGAGGACUUGGAAGAACUCAGGGCGUGCUUCGAACUCGGGUUCGGGUUCGACACCGAUUCGCCCGAGAUCGAUCCGAAACUCUCCGAUGCGUUCCCUGCUCUGGAGCUUUACUACAGCAAAACACUGUCCAGGUCAUCAUCGUCGUCUUCCACAACGACGACUUCUGAUUGCGAUUCGUCAUCGUCGAUUGUGAGCCCUAGCACUAUAUUCGAUUCAGGUGAUGAUCAGGAGAUGGUGAAGACGAAAUUGAGACAGUGGGCCCAGAUGGUUGCUUGUUCGGUGCGGCAAUCCUCACCAAAUUAAUUGAUUUUUUUUUUUUUAAUGAUAUUUUUGUCAUAUUUUAUUUUAUUUUAUUUGACUAAAUUGCUUUAAAAAAUUCAAUGUCCCUUUUAGAAUAGUAAUCAGUCAAAUUUGCCCAUGAUUAAGUUUGUCAAAUAUUCAAUGAAAGGAAGAAAUUUACAUAUCAGGAAUUUUUUUGAAAAAUCUUUAAAAAUUUACAUGUUUGUAUUGGAUAUGCUAUUGGAUG